AUGCCAGCUGCAGCAGUGAAGCCCUCUCCAGAGGACAUGGUGGCCGAAGGAGGGGGUGAAGGAGAGCGCGGCGUGUCCCAGUGGGAAGCCUCUGCACUGGGCCGGGAGCGUCUCUCUCUGCCCUCUCUGAAGGUCCCCAGGGAGCUGCUGCGGAGCUUUCCCCACUCCAAACGGGUCGGCUCCUAUCUGGUGGGGAAGAUGAUCAACAAGGGAUCGUUUGCCAAAGUGAUGGAGGGGCUGCACAUCGGCACGGGGGAGAAGGUGGCCAUAAAAGUGAUCGACAAGAAGAAAGCCCGACAGGAUUCUUACGUGCUGAAGAACAUGAAGAGAGAACCUCGAAUUCAUCAGAUGGUGCGACAUCCUCAUAUUGUCGUCCUGCUAGAGACACUGGAGACAGAGAACAGUUACUACAUGGCCAUGGAGCUGUGUGCAGGAGGAGACCUGAUGGACAGGAUCUGUGAGAGGAAGAGGCUGGAGGAGAGGGAGGUGCGGCGCUACACCCGCCAGAUCCUCUCUGCAGUGGAUCACCUGCACAAACAUGGCAUCGUACACAGAGAUUUAAAGAUUGAAAACUUUCUGCUGGACGAACACAACAACAUCAAGAUUGUGGACUUUGGCCUGAGUAACACUCUGAAGACUGAAUCUUUGUCUCUGGAGCUCCUCAGCACGCAGUGUGGAAGUCCUGCCUAUGCAGCCCCCGAGCUGCUCGCUCACAGGAAGUAUGGACCCAAAGUGGACGUCUGGUCCAUAGGUGUGAGUAUGUUUGCCAUGCUGACAGGGACUCUGCCUUUCACUGUCGAGCCUUUCAACAUUAAACAGCUGCACCACAAGAUGGUCAGUGGAGAGAUCGGCAGCAUUCCCAGCGAUGUCAGCAAAGGUGCUGCAGCCUUUGUGCUGUCUCUCCUGGAGCCGGAUCCAGAUAAGAGACCAAGUGUGAGAGCUGUGAUGGAGGAGAGAUGGAUCAACGAGGGAUAUGCCAAGAAGCCUCUUCACACCCUCUCGCAUAAAAACAGACUGUGCCCUGAGGAUCUGAACUCGUCUGUGCUCUCCUACAUGACAGAGACGCUGGGUUACUCCCUCUCUGAAGUCAUACACACACUCACAACCAACAGACCCUCAGCCAUCACGGCCUCCUAUCAUCUGCUCAUCAACAAACUCAGUAGGAGUCAGAAAGGAGCCAAGGCCAGCAAGAAGCUAGAGAGCAAUGACUGGAGUCUGCCGAGCAAGAACACAUGGAGAGAGAGACAUAACAGUGAAUCAAAGGCUCAGCAACAGCAUGAACCAGCCAAUGGAAAGACCUCAAAGAAGUCCAGCCGACCUCUGAGACAGACAACUGAAUACCAGAGCGCCAGGAAGAGGCCUGAAGACUUGCACGUGAGGGACCAUCGAGAGGACACGGAGAACCAUCCACCCUCUCCUUCUUUACCCAAGCUACCUCACUAUUCCUCCCCUUCAAUACCACCUCGCCGUCCCUCCCCCUCCCCUGCCCAUCUGUCGGCAGAGGAGGGGGCAACUGAUGAAGAGAUCGCCAUCACUGUGGACACCAGGGAGAUGCCGCUGUUCCCCGAAGUGUCUCUGUUCGGAGACAGAGAACUCGUCCAUCUUUCUCCGCCUAAAAGCUCUGCAUCCCAACUCUGUGACUCCGCCCCUUGCCAAGUCCCCUUACCAGCUGAGCCAAUCAGAGACAGCAGCACUUCAAAACCAAUCAGACAUAUGCACCCGCUCAGGACGACUCAAUCAGACGGGGCUGCAGACCCUGGGUCAGACUGCUUUCAUGACAACCGUCACCAGGACGACCACUCUCAUCACCUGAGCAUCAAUGAGCGUCUGGAGAAGUUGCAGACAUUUUAUUCCUCUGAGAAUAAUGGCAUCUCUCCCAGGAUGCUUUUGGAGGCCGACACAAACACCUCAGAUAAGGACCAUCUGGGUACCAUGGAGACAACCCAGAAGUCACCCUCUGCACUGCUGCCCCGCCUGCGCAAUGUGGGGCUUAAAGAUGGACGAGUUAGGAAGAUGACAUGGGUAGGGUUGACUCGUCCUGGGCCCCCAGGACUUCUGGUGAACGGGUCUAAACCUCCCGCCUUCCCCCCGCAGAGACAACACACUUUGGUCAUUAAGAGUCUAAGACAGGAGAGGGGCAAAAGGAAAGAUCUGGUAGCAGCAGGAGGGAGAGACAGGGGGGUGGCUGGAGGAGGAAUAAAUGGAUCAAAAAGGAACUCAGUACAGUUACGUUCAUCUCUCCAGCGACAAGUAGCGGACCUGAACCUGCCCCUUCUUCCUUCAGCCCUGCAGGGAAAGACAGAUAGGAAUAAGAACCAGCUUCACAGCAUGGACAACUGAAUCAUAGAUGGGACAACACAAAAGAGAGGCAGCGAUAGAGGCCAGAAAGGGGCGCAAAAGCAAGAGGAUAUCAGAUUCAGGUUAGUGGCACAUUGGAAAAGCAGAUCUGUAAUUCAGAAAUACUGGCCUGUGUUGUCAAACAAUAUUCAGGCAAACAAAGUAGCUGUUUUCCUCUGAUGUUAAACUCUGGGUGGGUGGCUCAAAUGCUGAUAUUCUGUUGUAUGUCUUACGGCUCUGUUCCAGGUUUGCAGAUAUACAUUGGUCAUAUCGUUAUCAAAUCAUCGCUUCUCUAUCUAUUCGCAACUAAAAAGA